AUGGUGGAGACGCUAAGUAUCGCCGUUAUCGGAGCUCCCGGAGUCGGGAAAACUUCCAUAAUCCGUCAAUUUAUUUAUAAUGACUUCUCAGAGGUUUACACUCCAACCAGAGCCAGGUAUGUGUACAGACCCUCUGUGAUUUUGAACGGUAACAUGUACGACCUGAAGAUUUUGGAUGUCCCGCCAAUUUCGUCGUUCCCCUCCAGCUCGAGCCAGGUAAGAUAGAAAGUAACCAUUUGGGUUUCGAUUUUUUUCAUUUAGUAAAGGGAAUAGCAUUCUAUAAGUGUUAGCGUCAUUGUCUUUGACUUAUCCUUUGUCAGAACCUAUCCUAUAGGUUUUCACAAACAGUUCUCAAAAUUAAACUAAAUGUGGGCGUCAAGUCCCUCUGAAAUAGUUAGAGCGCGGAGACAUUAGGUUACCAUCCAUAAAUGCACUGACAGCUCGCGCGGUUCUUCAAAGUAAACACAUCCUUUUGAUUUUUUGUCAUAAUCCGAUGCCACUUAGAGCAGUAGUUGCUAUGGAAACUUGAUUUAUGACUUCAGUGGCAAGCCUAGGCUAUAGGCUACAUAAUGUAUUUGGUGUUUUAAAACACACAAGCACACGCACACAUUCUCCCUCGACUCCCCACUACAUGGCAUUGCCUUACCACCCUCAGGCACAAGGAAGGAUGUUUAUGUAAUAUUGAAUGUAUCCAUAUGUUCUGCUUCUAUGACUUCGUAAGUAAGUAAUUAUUGGCUAUUUGCUUCUAGACCCCCUACCAGAGUGCACCAAGCUGCCCAGCCUCAGGGCACAUGAGCCUGGCCAGGGUGAUGGAGACUGUCUGCCUGGCUCCUGGCAGGCCUGAGGGGAGUGAUGUGUGCUCUUAUCAGAGGAUGGAACUGGAAGCACAAGUGCUUUGACUUUGUUAGAUCUGGCACACAGAUUCACAGCCCAUCACAGCCCAUAAGUGCUACAAUUCCACAUUGAAUCAUCAACUAUAGAUGGCAAAUGGUUUAACUUACUGCUGCUAAAAACAGCAUGCUCCAACAUAAUCACCAAUGUAUUAAGUGAGCGAAAGCAGACUUGGAGCUUCACUUAGUGACCUUAUAAGCUAUAACUCCAUCAAUAUGCUCCUGGCAAUAGCAGGGAAUGUCAGAUGAAACACCAUCGUUUCAAUUGAGCACUUUUUCCAUUGACUGCCAGGGGUUUGCUCAAUCUAUUUUCUCAAAGCUGUUCUGCUUUCAGACAUGACUUGCACCAGUCUCCUGCUCUCUGUAUCUCCUUGACUCUCCUCACCUUAGAUGAGUGACAUACACACGCAUAUAUUAUAAAAGAGUGUGUGUAUGUACGUGAUUGUAUGCGUGCUUAAGGGUGUUGCUGAAUGUCUAAUGAAAUACCUCUCUUGACCUCCUCACUGGUCCUCAGGAAGCCUGUCUGUUGUUCCCUCCCUGGUGCUGCCUGCUGGGGCUCUAGAUGGGAUCUCCAAGGUUACUACGGAGCUGGCUGAGACUGGCGUGAAGCACUGAUCUUACUGAUAGUUGCUAUUCGUUAUUUAGUGAGGGAACGCUUCGCGGCCGUCGCCUCCACAGCAAUAACUGUAUUUUUCUACACAGGGGAGCUGACACUGAGAAAAUGAGAUCAGGCCAUGGAGGAGAGAGUGCAGCAGACCAGAAAGCCCACUGAAGUGGGUGUAACUGGUGUGAAAUGGCUAGCUAGUUGGCGGUGCGCGCUAGUAGCGUUUAAAUCGGUGACGUCACUCGCUUUGAGACCUUGAAGUAUUUGUUUCCCUUGUUCUGCAAGUGCCGCGGCUUUUGACGAGCGACGGGUAACGGUGCUUCGAGGGUGACUGUUGUCGAUGUGUGCAUAGUGUUCCUGGUUCAAGCCCAGGUAGUGGCGAGGAGAGGGACGGAAGCAACACUGUUACAUGGGCAUCCACUGUGCUUCCUGGAAACAUAGUCUAAGAUCCUACACACUGAGGAGUGAACAGCCUCAACCCAGCCAGGCACAGCCAGUUAGAGCCAGCAGGAGGACAGGGGAGAAUUCAGGAUUCUAGAAGUGACUAGGAGAGAGAAAGCAAAGAGGAGAAUAUGACAUCAAUAGCUUAGUAUGUGUUAAGAGGUCUGCAGUGCGCUUAUUUUCUCCAAUCCGGGGAGCGCAGCAACACAAGCAAUCUGAUUUAGUUUGCUCUUUCUUUAGCUAAAUGGCUCUAACCCACAUUAGAGCACACAGUUUGGCAAGUGCAAACAGCAAGGAGAAGACCGGAUGGAUCACAUUAUAGAGGCUGGGAGGUUGAGAGUGUGUGUGUGUUUGUGUGCCUGUGUUAGACAGUAAAUCCCCCCAGGCACCUCUUCACAUAAAAACGUGUAAAGUGCACAUCUGUUCUCUGACUCCUAUGGUGUCAUAAUGCUACAUGAGCAUUGUUGCUCCAGUUCACACAUUACAGCAACAUGAUUCAUUAUGUCUGCCUAUAGAUUAGUAAUAUCAGUCAACAGUUUUAUACAUUUCGAAUAUCUGGCCUCUGUUGAAAUGGUAGGAAUUGAGAUACGUACAUAACAGCCUCAACCUCUUCAGGGUGUCUAGUUUAAGACAUCUGUAUACAGUUUUUAACCAACACAGACCGAGACAUCUCUACCAGUACUUUGGCUUAGAUAUAGCCAGGGAAAAGCAUUUGUUGAGUGCAACAAGAGCACUGCUAUCAGGCAGAUUGAUGAUGGUUAAUUUCCUCAGGAAUGGCUCUGAGAGCAGCAGCCUUACCAUCUCUCCUACUGUCCUCUGUGUUCUGUUCUGUAUUCCAGCCUCUGACCCAUGCUGGCUAGUCAUUCUUUACUGGCUGUGACAGGGGUGGUGAGGCAUUCCCGCUCUCCACUCUGAGCAAGCACUCUCCUCUCCUUUUUUCCUUCCAUAUUCAAUGAGCCAGCAGCUGGCCCAUGGUGGGCUUCAGAGGGGAGGCUGGCUGGGUCAGGGUCACAGGACAGAGCGCUCUGGAACAGGGCCAGAACAGAACAGACACAACGACCUGAUUGAGAUGUACUCUUAUUGUAUUUGAAGCUGAUUGGAUUAAAGCACAGUGCCCUGCUGAAGGACUAGAGGGAAUAAAGAGACUAAUAGAGACGAGAGCGGAGCUGCUGCAGCAGAGUCUAAUGGCCACCAUAGAAAGCCCGAUUCUUUAAAUGAGGUUCCUCUUCCCCUACAUGGUACCUGGGUGGGGAGGAAGAUGAUGAAGUCAGUACUCCUCCAUGCUUAUGCAAUGUGGCUAGGUUUCUGUUAGGUAAUUGCAUGUUGUAAAGGUUGUAGUACUGUACUUGUACUUUGGCUUUGGUGCAUCAUUUAGACUCAGGAUGUGCUUCUUUAGGUCUCUUUAGGCAGCAAGGGCAGACGCCACUACAUUAUUUACCUUGGGGGACUCUGGUGGUAAUAAUCAUUUAUGUGCUGGCGGGGCUGCUGUCUGUGUUAAUGUGUUGCUGUUUGCAUUCCCAGAGCAUCUGUCACAGUUUGUCGAUAGGAUUUGAUGACCAGAUGGACUUACCUGAUAGUGACAAUGGAUCCAAUUCCAAUUUUUCCCCAUUCUUUUUUUUCCCAUCUUCUGAUAGUGUAUCAUAUCACCAUGACUUCCUCCCACACAUAAUGUUCUCUCUCUCUCUCUGUCUUUGUCUUUCUCUGCUCUCUGUUUCCAUUUGCUUAUCUCUCUCCUACUAUGAUAACGUAUAUAUGGAAUAAAAUUGAUCACUUUUACUGUUCAUUGCAUCAGAUGAAUCAUACAUUUUGUAUUUAUUCUGGAUACGCUCUCUUGGCCCUUUGUCAGCCUCUGCAGAUAGGCUCUGUCACACACACUGGCAGAGCUGUCAGAGAUAUGUGUGUGUGUGUGUUAAAAGGCGGGCGCUAUCAUCAGGCAGCUGGAGGAGACGACAGAUCAAUGCCCAGUGGAACCCCAAUGUUAAUAAUAAACACUGCGAACACUCUCAGGUGUAAUGUGGGUCUCCCUUCUGUACAGUACAUCAAUAAUAAUGAGAAGCUCAAUCCCAAAGGGACAGAAUAUGUUUUAUUAACAUUUGAACAGUGUCUGAGGUAUGUCUCCAGUUAUCAUCCAUUCCCAUUCAUGACCAUGUUCUCUACUCUCUGGUGUAUAAAUAUUAAUCUGACACCAUUAGCCUGCUAUCAUUGGGAGCAGUGGGAUGCCAGCUCUAUCAGGGCCUGGUAAAAAGUGACUAAGGACCUGGGUUGUCAGGGAAACCUGCUCAGUUUGGCACUUGAAGGGACCGGGCUGAGCUGCUGUCUUUUUGCAGAGGUUUCAAAGGACCAACUGGAGAAAGCACUAUACCAGGGCUCUCCAACCCUGUUCCUGGAGAGCUACCCCCAGUUGUAACUACUCAGCUUAUCAAGCAGCUAAUUAUUAGAAUCAGGUGUGCUAGAUAGGACCUACAGGACAGUAGCUCUCCUGGAAUAGGGUUGGAGAGCCCCACACACACACAUGCACACACACACACACACACACUUUAUAUCACUCCAGUCAUGAAGCUCCUUUCCACUGCCUCUUUUCUGUCUCUCUCUUUAGUGUUAUCUUAUACUCUGUCCUACAGGUGUGAGAAGGUGGUAGAGUGAGGUUGCAAGCUGCAGUGUUGCCAUUGUUUCUGUGUACAGAGCUCCACCUCCACAUAAAAAAAGAGGACUUGGAUGACAAAGAGAUAUGAAGCGAGGAUGCAAGACUCUAUUUUUAGCCCACAGAGAAAUGGGGGUGCAUUUAAAGGACCUAGAUAGGGAGGGAUGUUGUCAUGUAGCGUUAUACUGCAUAUUGUCUACUAUGGCCAAAUCUUGCAUUUAGGAUGACAAAGUCAUCCAGUUAAGAAUGAUGUAAGAAGAAGCAGGAGAGGAACACAGGUAUGGAAAUAUAAUUCAUGUAAAAAUAAUGGGGGGUGGGUGGGAGGCAGAAAAGACUGAGGCAGAAAGAGGAGAGAUGGUAGAGGAAUGCUGAUGAUGUGUCAUCUAUGAUCCCUACACCCCUGGAUUCCUCCUGGAAACAGAUUGAAUCCAUCUGCAAGGAGAAAAGGGGCAAUAACAGCAAAAAUGUAUAGAAUUUAAUAUCCCUACUUGCUGCAUUCUUUUCACUGUCAACCAUUAUGUUCUGUCUAUAUUUUGGCCUCCCUCCCCUCCUCCUCAUUCUCUCACUCCCACCUUUGUGUGUAAUGAUCUCAGUGCUACAGUGUUUGCCUCCACGGCUGAUCGCCCUCAUUAUCUUUCUGUGUGAGACUCUCCCUCUCUCUCUCCCUCACACACACAUGUAGUUGUUUUGUCCUUGAGCUGUUCUUGUCUAUUAAUGUUCUGUAUUAUGUCAUGUUUCAUGUUUUGUGUGGACCCCAGGAAGAGUAGCUACUGCUUUUGCAACAGAUAAUGUGGAUCCAAAUAAAAUAACAAAAUCACACACAUACAUACAUACACACACACACACACACACACACACACACACACACACACACACACACACACACACACACACACACAUUCUUGUAUAAUUAACCUUGUGGGGACACACAAUUCAGUCCCAUUCAAAUUUUCCCUAACCCUUACCCUAACCCUAAACCUAAUUCUAAACCUAAAACUAAUUCUAACCUUAACCCUAAACCCACUGGAAAUAGCAUUUGACCUUGUGGGGAUUAACAAAAUGUCCCCUGUUGGUCAAAUAAAUGUGUUUCUUUACUAUUCCUGUGGGGACUUCUGGUCCCCACAAGUAUAGUUAAACACACACACACACACAAACUCACUAGUGCUGCAAAUCUCUCUAAAUUAGAUGAAGGCAAUUAUUCCUUGUCGACAUGGAUAUGUUACCAUUGCCAUCAUUACAGCUUACAUUGAUCAUCAUCUGCUCUCAGAUUCUGCCCCAUUACUGCAUCCGAUUCCCCACCAAAAUGACUUAUUGACAAACUCCCUGUUUAGACUUAUCUACAUAAUACAGGAUACAUUUAGAUUACUCCUCCAGUGUUAUCCUGUUGAUUCUCAUUACUGAAAUUAUAUUCAGAUCUCCUUGCCGUAUUAAUUUCUUACAGUCUGUUUAGUAAGCUUGUGUUGGGGGUGAGUGAAGGGGAUUGAUUGUGCAUUGUGCCACCUCACCCACUCCCUGUCAGCCUGGUGGGUCUCAGUCCAAGGGUUAUAUUCACACCCUGUUUGUUGAUCCAUCGCUCUACCCUUCCCAUCCACCUGCUGCUCGUUAAUCUCUCUACUUCUCUUUUCUCCCUCCAUACCUCCCUCUCCAAUCACACUCUUCCCUUUCUCUCUCCCUCCCCCCUCUUUCUCCAUCUCUCCUUCUCCCUCCCUCAGCUAGCAGAACCACUUAUAGAUUCAGCUCACACAGGUAGAGCUGGCGAACAUAGAGAGAGAAUGAGAGGAUGAGAGUGUGUGUGAGAGAGCGAGAGACAGAGAGAGCGGGAGGGAGGAGAUUCGGUCACUGUGUUAUGGCUGAAGCAAUUGCCUCAAUGGCUGUAGCUAAUCACUCCCAUUGUGCUACGUGUUUUAAAUAUUGUUAGCAAAUCAGUGCGUACAGCAGGGCUCAACAGUGUAGCGCCGUGGGUCCAGUGUGUUUCUAGUGUUGCACUUGACAGGAGACUGGCCCUAUUCCUGCUCGGCCAGGGCUUUGUUUCUCUGUUUCUUGCCUCAGCCACAUGAAGACCAGAGCAGUGUGCUAGGCCUGCAUUGUGCACAAAGCAGGCAGAGUCAGACGACAUGUUUUAUGGCUUCAGUCUGGUUUACACCAGGACUAUCUAUUUUUUAUUUUUUUAUUUAACUAGGCAAGUCAGUUAAGAACAAAUUCUUAUUUACAAUGACGGCCUACACCGGCCAAACCCGGACAACGCUGGUCCAAUUAUGCGCCGCCCUAUGGGACACCCAAUCACGGCCGGUUGUGAUACAGCCUGGAAUCUAACCAGGGGGUCUGUAGUGACACCUCAAGCAUUGAGAUGCAGUGCCUUAGUCCGCUGCGCCACUCGGGUUAUCUAUCUGACUCAGAGAUGCCUUUUUGACACCACACAAUUUCAAUUUCAAUCUAGUGAAGAGAGCAAAACAUCCUGAGAGCUGUUGAAUAAUUGAUCGUCAUCCUCUGUGGCUACUUCUGUUAAAAAACCUGGUCAAAGAACUCCCUAGAUAGCAGCUAUAAGCAUUAUGGACUAUCCUCACAAGCCUCGCUGUUUUAGGGAGCAGAACAAAUGCCAUUUGAAGAUUUUAUUUUGGUUCUUGAGAUAUAACUCAUUAUAUAAAUCUGUUUCACUGGUCAAGGCAGUGGCAAGUGAAAAAAUAUGUCUUCAAUAUCCUUCCUAUCAUUUGACCUUUGUGUGUCUGUAGUGAGUGAUUUACAUUUACAUUUUAGUCAUUUAGCAGACGCUCUUAUCCAGAGCGACUUACAGUUAGUGAGUGCAUACAUUUUAUUUAAUUUUUAAUUUUUUUCAUACUUAUAGUGAUGUAGUUGUUUGUUUAGGGAUCACUCAUGUUUCCCCACAAUCUGUCUGUCUCUCUCUGUCAGGAGUGGCUGGACCUGCGCUGCAGAGGGGUGCGUAAUGCCAAUGCUUACAUCCUGGUGUAUGACAUCUGCUGUGUGGAGAGCUUUGAGUACGUCAAGAUGAUCCGCCAGCAGAUCGUGGAGCACAGGUAGGGGGACGCCACAACACCGUGACACACAUGGACCAGUUAGGUAAAACACAUGUGGAGAGAGCCAUUAACCGCCACAGACGACCAGCAGUCAUAUAUGAAACAUCCAGCUGAUCUGCUUUUACCACCACUGUGUCCUUACAUUAAUACGAGACCUCAUUAAUGACAGCAUGCAAUCACUCUGUCAUAUACAUCAAUACAAUUACACAUUCAAUCUGUGUGAAAACAGUGACAAAUGAGCCACUUGUGGUUUUAAUUCAGGAGUCUCCCCCUGCCCAACAUUCUGACAGCUCACUAAUGAGGUGACAUUUGAUUCUGGCAUUGAUGGGCGAGGGUGAGUACAAGGCGAGUGACGUCCUGAUGAUGUAAAAGAGAAUUGGACAAAAGAUCUCCUGUCAUUCCAACUGCUGGCAUCUGCACCUGCAUACAUUUGCAAAUUGAUAGGGGGAAUGGGUGGCCCUCAUUUGUUGAGCUCUAAAGAGGUUCACCUCUUUGCAGCUCUGUGACGUGAGCACCAUUCCCUCCACUGUGCUUCUCCUGAGCUCCAGGUGAGAAAGGUUGAAUGUUCUACGAGGCUGUCCUGAUCUGUCCUGAUCUGUCCUGAUCUGUCCUUGAUGGUCUGACUGGCUGGGUGUGUGGCUGGCUCACUGGCUGGCUGGGUGGGGGGCUGACUGGCUUUGCUGGGUGGGUGGCUGACUGGCUGGGUGGCUGACUGGUUGGCUAGCUAGCUGGGUGGGGAGCUGGCUGGCUGGCUGGCUGGUUGGCUGGGUGGGUGGUUAACUGGCUGGCUUUCUAGCUGGCUGGCUGGCUGAUUGGCUAGCUGGCUGGCUGGGGGGCUGACUGGCUAGCUGGCUGACUGGGUGGCUGGCUGGCUGGGUGGCUGACUGGCUGGCCUGUAGCAGAGCUGUCUGUUUAUGACAGGACAUGCAUUAUUUAGAGCAGAAAGGGAUAGAGAGGGUAAAUAGAGUGAAAACGAGAGUAGGAAAGGGACAUGAGGGAGCGAUAACAGACUGAUAGAUAUGAGAGAGGGAUGAGAGGGAGGAAAGCAUAAGGACAUGGUGAGGGAGAUAUGGAGGAUAGAGGGAUGGAUGGAUACGUGUCCUGAUGAAUAAAAUCAGAGUAAUGGAGGUGACAUCCAGGCUCAGGUUAUUGAGAUUUGUGUGGCCUAGCAGGGCGGAAGAUGCCUGGGAGGAAUUGUCCCUGUCUUUCUGCUGCUGCUUACUCCACCCACUCCAAAACAAACACACAGGAACACACACACACACACACACUCACACGGACACACAAUAUACCUCACCCAGAAUAAUCCCUGUCUCGUCAGUUUUCUGGCUGUGGUUGCUUCCUGCCCAAAAGCCCAUCCUUUGAUGUAAUUAAAACUCUGACACACACACACACACACACACACACACACACACACACACACACACACACACACACACACACACACACACACACACACACACACACAAACAAACACUAUCCUCUAACCUGCUGCUCCUGAGACCUUCAGGCCUGAGUGGGUAUUUGAGAGGAUAGCAGCCUGCUUGAUGUUGGGAUUAAUGUUUUUUUUUUCACCUCACAGCCUCAUUACCAAGUUGAAUUUAAACCUCUCAGUGCAAGUAGUUCAGACUGUGUUUAUAUGGAUGUGUUAAGGUCUGUCCACCAUAAGUCAUCAUCACAUCUCAAUUAGAUGCAGGUUCAUCUCAAAUGUAUAAAUCCUAAAGUUAAAUUGAGCUUUCUUGUAGGUCCUCUGUAGGUCCUCUGUAGGUCCUCUGUAGGUCCUCUGUAGGUCCUCUGUAGCUCAUUUGAUUGCAAUUCUUUCUCACCUUUAUCCUUCUGCUCUCUAUCUCCAUCCCUGUAGGGAGGGCAGCAGCAGUGAGGUUCCCAUCCUGGUGGUGGGCAGUAAGAGGGACCUGCAGCGCCAGCGCUUCACCCCUCGCAGGGCUGUCUCUGUGCUGGUCAAGAAGACCUGGAAGUGUGGCUAUGUGGAGUGCUCGGCCAAGUUCAACUGGCACGUGGUCCUGCUCUUCAAAGAGCUGCUGGGCAUCGCUGUGGCACGCGGCAUGAAACAGAACCACACCCCCGGGAUCCGCCUACAAGGGGCGCUACAGAGGAACCGCUGCACCAUCAUGUGACCCAGUGGACUCCCUCCAGUGUAGGGUGAAGUUGCCCCUAGGCGCUGAUCUUGGGUCAGUUUCGCAUUUUCCCCACUAAUGGCUAAGGUUAGGAUUGAGGAAGGGGAACCUGAUCCUAGAUCUAUACCUGGGGAAACUUCACCCCGGAGCAGUUCCUCCCCACCUAUGUCAGAGCCAUAAGAGCCUCACAGUCACACCUCAGGGGAAAUAAUAGGAAUAUGGAGAAGAAGACUUCAAUGUAAACAGCUGGAAAACAAACUGAGGCCUUCUGCUUUACUGAGCUGAUUUUCUUAUGAGGUUUAUGUGACUCCUGUGCUGUAGCUGCUAGGACUGACCUUUGGUCUUGUACAAGACGUACAUCUUUAUCACCUAUCAGAACACUCCAGUUCUGUCACAAUGUUCUUAUUGAGAGAAAGGAGGAAGAGGAAGAGGAGGAAGAAGAGGGUUUGUUAAUGAAUUUAGAGAAGUAG